AUGGAAAUCCCCACUUCAUCUUCAGACCUUGAUUAUUUUAAUGUCAAUUGCAAAAUUUGUUUAAAAACCGGACAUGGUCUUCAUUUUGGAAUUGAAACUUGCCGGGCGUGUGCUGCGUUUUUCAGACGUACAGUAGUCCUGAAUCGAAAAUACAAAUGCAGUCGAAGGACUGGAAAAUGUGAAAUCGGGUCGGAUGAGGAGAAAUUGAUGUGUAAAUUUUGUCGAUUCAAGAAAUGUAUCGAUUUGGGAAUGACUACGGAAAAUGUCCGCACCGACAUUGCCGUAAAGGACAAUGAGCCUUCAGCAGAUUCCCCAUCCUCCAGUUCCACGUCAUCUUCAGACGUCGUUGUUCUCCAGAUGACGUCAACGCAGCCAAUAGCAGAAGUUGGGAAUCGAGUCGAAUAUUCAGUGAUAAAUCCAAAAACUCGAGCGCCAGCAAUGUUAAUAGAUGUGAAUGCAAUAAUUAAAAAGUCCAGGGCAAUUUUGGAAACGUACUACCUCCCGAAUGAAGACUCAAUUUCCCACCUAAACCCCCUUCAACGAAUGGUCCACUCGCUUCAAAAAAUUCGAUCCAAACAAAAUUGGAAUCCAGAAUUUUUUGUUCAUGUUAAAUUCCAUGAAAUGUUCUCCUGGUGGGAGGUACAGAUGAGAGACACCGCCACGUGGCUAAUGCAUUCUGAUGAGUUUCGAAAGUUGCCGACGCAUGAGAGGAUAGCAAUAUUUAAAAUAGUCUGGGCAGUGUGGCGGCGAUUCGAGAGGUACACCAUGACAGCGACGAUCUUUGGUCAUAGGUGUUACGAUGAGAAGAUUCUCCUACAUUCUCAUGAAGCAGCAGCCAAAUUUGGCAACUACCAAGUCGACUAUUCAAAUGUUUCCGAUCAUGGGUUUGAGAGAUUUAAUAAUUCUGGAAAUGGUACGGUAGCUGAGAAAAAUGACAAAGGAAAUUAUGCGUCUAGGCUGGCCAAGAUGAUGCAGAUCGUAAAUCAGAUGUUGAACAUUCAGCUAAAACGAGAGGACACUAUGGACAUUGCAAUGCUGUUCGAUAUGUUUAAUAUUGUUUUUACAGAACCCGAGUUUUUCAAAGUUUGA